AUGAAGUUCCAAUCCAGUUUCUUUAUCCUGACUUCGCUUCUCUCUGUUGGUUUCGCGACGACAACGGCCGAUGUAAAGGCGGAUAUUGCGACCAUCACUUCGCAAGCAAAAGCCCUGCAAGCCGCCAUUAUGGCUUUCCCCAAUAAUGGAGGGUCGCUCAUCACAGCUUUGGCCAUGCACACCGACGCAGUAAACCUCGGUUCCGCCAUUGACAAGGCUACCAGUGACGUGAACGCUGUCACCCCCAAACCAUUCGCUGAAGCUGAUGGAAGUGCAAUCUUGGCAGCCGUACAGAAACUCGAGCCAAUCAUCACCAACACUGUCAAUCAGAUUGUGAGCAAGAAAGCUGCAUUCCAAGCUCUCCCUCUUCCCAAUGGCAGCAUCCCAGCUCUCGUCAAACAAGACCUUGUCGACUUGAAUUCCAAGGCAUCCAGAUUCGAAGCUGCUCUCACCAAAUCGGCUUCGCCCAACCAUGUCGCAGCUGCGACUGCUAUCAAGGCUUCACUAGAUGCCGCUGUGGCACGCGCCAUUGCAGCUUACUCCUAA